GUCGCUGAAUUAACGGAAUGAUCUGGAAUCGCCUUCCAAAAGAAGUGUUUAUCGGAUCGGAUGUGUUGAAGCUUGGUGUUUACGAUGCUGUGCCCCACUUUAACAUUGGCUCCCAAGCUGCUCUUAAUUAAUGUACUAGAGCUUCUAGGGAUUGAUCCUGGAACAUUUCGUCAUGCUGAAUUAGAGCAACAAGAUCACGAACGUGUGGAUAAGGCAGAAUUCAAGGCCCAGGAAGAAAACAAAAAGAAAAGAAAAAUCAGGCGAGCACGAAAGAAGAAGAAUGCGGACAAAUGUUCCCAGAAAGAGGGUGUGACUUAUGCUGCCGGUCGAUUUUAACUUACUAAAGACUCUAAGGUUUGAAAAGAUAUUAAAAAAGUAGACAUUUCAAUGUUAUUUACAUAAAUAUAGAGCCACCAUCUAAAAGCUAAACUUAAAUGCUGUUUUUCACGAAAUGUGAAAUUUGGCAAAUGCCGUUAUCUUCAGACUGUAUAUCUAUGACAGAUUUUAACCAAUUUGACUGACAUUUUCAACAGUGUAAC